AUGUCGCGUCCGUCAUCCUUCUUCGAGACCGGCACCCACCACGUCCUCUGCAAAAUUGCAGGAUUAGACCCAAAGGAGUUCCCAUACCCUCAAGACUUUCAGGACUGCUGGGAUCACCACCACGUCCGCCUCGCCUGCUCCGACCGCCCUGCGCAUGCCGCAGUCUCCAACGCAUGGCCCGAUAUUGUCCAAGGGCUAACCACCACUAUCACCAAUUCAAAGCAACUCUCGGAGAUUCUCUCUCGCUGGAAUGAAGGCGACCCUCGUGGAUGGAAUAUUGAUGCCCUGGAAGCCUUUUUAAACCAGAAAGCCGACCGGGAUGUACCCAGCAAGAUUACUCUCACAUCGACCUCAACCUCUGCAACCUCUAUGUCAGAAGGUCGAUUCCAGGAUGGUGAUAACAACAAUGAGCGACCCAUCGAUGAAGGUGAUGACGUGAAAAUGAGUGAUCAUGGGGACGAUGAUGGAACGCGCACACCUCCCGCAGCAUCUGUCAGCCGUCCAUUCUUGCGUUGGGAUCAUAACGAAGAAGCUGCGGAAGACCAAUUCUUGUCGCGUGAAGAACGCGACCGAUUCUUCAAGGUCAUUUUGCCCGGGAUGCAACAGCUCGCUCUCCGUCUACCAGAGCUCGUCAAGCGACCGAUCCCCUUUUUGAAGCAGCAACAAGAUUCUGCCGUUACACUUUCUCAGGAGCAGCACUUCAGCAACCCCAACCCCUACCGGAAACGACCUCACUCUGACAAAUAUGAAGGCAGGAGCACAGGAAAGCAAGAGGGAGGAGCAGGAGGAGGAAGGACGUUAGAUAGCGUGCCAAAGGACCCACAUGGAUCUACUGCUCCACGUCCUAAGAAGCAGUCAUCGUCCAACACAGAUCCUUAUCGUAAUACCGAUGGCCAGCUGUCGCUAUUUGCAUAUUUCAAAAAGACCGAACCGAAAACGUCGUUCAAGCCAGAGUCAUCAAGAACCUCACCACCAGCAACGGCGACUUCUCCCCAUUUCGAUAACAACAAGAAGCAAGGUGGACAUCAUCAACAAGAACGCUCAGUCCGCCCCGGCGAUGGUAGACACGGUGGUGGUGGUAGUGGAGCUGGUACUGUGAAACAGGAGGAUCUGAGUGGACAAGUCAAGUCUGGCAGGGAAACACAUAGUGCAGGACACGAGUCAGCAACACGGAAUUCGCAUACUAAUGCUGGACGAGACUAUAAACGGCCCCCAUUUCCUCGAUACCCAUCCAUCAACUUUUCCAGUCUUUUCCACAGCGACGAAGCCCGGAACCCUUUGCCUACUGGAGUUGUGACAUUCCAUAGACAAGUCUUGAACGAUACAGUUACACUGAGCUCGGGAGAGAUGCUUAACCAGGCGCCGUUCCGUUACUCGAAUGUUCAGAUUGAGUUGGAUGCUCCCCUCGAAGAUGACGCCCCACUCGGUGCCCUUCAGUUGGACUUCGCCAACAAAGUCAUUGGCGGUGGAGUCCUUAGUCGAGGGGCAGUUCAGGAGGAGAUUCGGUUUGUGAUCUGCCCUGAGCUGAUCAUUUCUCGACUGUUCACGCAGACACUUCAGAACAAUGAAGCGCUGUUGAUGAAGGGCGCGGAGCGGUUCUCAAAUUACAACGGAUAUGCCCAGACUUUUGAAUGGCACUCCAACCACAUCGACACCACUCCAAGAGACAAGCUAGGUCGAAGGAAGACAGAAAUUUGUGCGAUUGACGCGUUGCCUUUCAAGUCCGUAUCCGAGCGACUAGACCAAUUCUGUGAAUCGGCAGUUCUUCGAGAACUCAACAAGGCUAUCGUCGGGUUCCGACGGUCACCCAUCACAUCCACGGAAUGGGGUCUCUGUCGUGGAGAAGCCCCCUCGCCUCGCGGGGAACUCAUCGCCACGGGUAACUGGGGUUGUGGCGCGUUUGGGGGUCAUUUGCAGUUGAAGUUUUUGAUCCAGUUGAUGGCUGCUUCUGUAUGCUCUGCGUAUUCAAGGGUGGAUGAUGGGGAUGAUCUGGGAAGGGAUUUGGUCUAUUUCACGUAUGGGCUUGAUGGGUUUGCGGAUGAGAUCCGGACUUUUAUGGCGCACCUCCAAGCCUCUCCUCAACUCUUUGAACCCUGGAAGCUGCUGGACUGCAUCAUCAAUUACCCAAUGAAAUCCGGACGUGGCGACAUUGUAGCUUUGCGGUCCGACAAGUCUCUGCUGGACUAUGUCAGUGCCUCGUUUGGCUUCCCCAACGCCUCUCACAGCAAUGGUGGUCUGUCGGUGAAUGAUACUCAACCGUCAACUUUGGAGACCUCUUCGUGGAGUGAUGAUGCAGAGUAUACUACUCCUGAGCCUGAACCUCAGUCUGAUUAG